AUGCGAGUUGAAAACAAUUGUGAAGUUGAUAUUCUUAGUCGACUAGGAAUUCUUGAACGCGAAACUCCUAAUGAUAAUUUAACAACAAAAAUUAAAAGUAAUCGGUUUGUUGACAAGAAACGUAAAUUUCAUCGAGUUUCAUUAAAUGUUGCUUUAAAUAAAAUUUCUUUGAGUGAAAGCAGCACAGAUGAAGAUAAAGAUUUUAUUAACAAAACUUCAUCUUCUGAAACAAAAAAGGACCAAACAAUUUUUUAUUCUUCAAACAAUAAUUGCCAUUCUAAUCCAAAUUUUUGUGAAUUUAUUUCUCUUCUCUCUGCUGCUGGAUUUUUGAUUUUAAUUAAUUCAAUAUUUAUUUUACUUGGCUCUUAUUUUGCAACCUUCAGUUUAUUUAAAUUUAAUUUAAAUUCAUUUUUUCUUUUACUUUCUGUGAUGCUAACUUUUGUAACAAUUUUUGCUUUAUUUUUGAUUGAUAAAAGCGAAAAAAUUUUAAAUUUUGGUUAUUUAAAUAUUAUUUUAUUUAAUGCUAGUCAAUCAUUUUUAAUUGCAACAAUUGAAAGAGUUAUUUUAUUAAUUAUUCCACGUUGGAAAAUUAAUUUUGGCCGUGUUAUUUUUAUUGUUUAUUCAUUUAUUGCUUUUUGUGCUUUUUUAUCUUCUUCAAUUCAAAUUAAUUUGGAAAAAAAUAAUUUAUUAAAUAAUUCUGAAAUUAAUGAAAAACAAAUAAAAAUACUCAACAAAACAGAAAAUUUUUUGGAAGAGUUACAAGUAUCUACAUCUUUUAUUUGUCAAAUUCUUUUAUUUUUUAUUAUGACUUUACAUUUUACUUCUUCCUUUAUUGCUCAACAUUCUAUUUAUUUUAAUAAAGAAAAUAAUUUUGAAAAUAUUCAAAAUGUUUUGUUUUGGUUAUUUUUGUUAAUAUUUAGACUUCCUUUUGUUUUUUGGCCGGAUCUUUCAAUACGCUCAAAUUUAUUUUAUUUUUUGUAUUUUAUUUUAAUUACUUCCAGUAUUUUACUUAAAUUAAGUUUACCUGAGCAUUUUAGUAAUAUUUUUGAUUUGGCAAUUUUGUCAUUUUCUUCUAAUUUUCCACUUUUUCUUUAUGUUUGGUAUAUUAAUUAUUCAAAAUGUUCACAUUUGGAUAUUUCUUUUUGUUAUAUUCUUUCUUUAUCUUUUGGAGAAUUAAUUGGGAAAUUUAUUUUUUGGAAACAAAAUAUUUCUCCUUCCUUUUCAUUCAAAAUUGGACUUUUCUCAAUUGCUUUUUUAUUGUUUUUAAUUUUAUUUUUCAAAAUUCAAAAAGAAGGGCGUCAAAGGCAAAUUAUUGAAUAUAGAAGUUCAAUUAAUGGUAAAGGAAAUACUCAAAACUCGUCAAAAAUUAAAAAGAAAUUAAAGAAAAAGGUUAAAACAUCAAAAGGUGCUUAUUCAUUAUUAGAAAUGAAUAGAAGAAUUGCCAACAAAAAUAACACAGAAAAACAACAAAAAACACUUAUUUCCUCCAAUGAUGAUAGGUCAUCAUUUGAUAGUGAAGAUGAUGAAGACGAGGCUGACGUGGAAAUGGAAUCUGUGACUGGUGAUUUUGAUGAAGAAUUGGAGAAGGAAGAAGAAUGUACAAAAAUAAAUGAAUUAUUAUAG